CAACUUAAUUUCAAAAUAGAUUCAACAUUUCAUCAAAUUGUGAAUAGAUUCUAGAAAGCCCAAAGAAGAAAUAAUACCCCAGAAAACCAAGCGGGCCUAAUAACUGGGCUUCGGGUUAACAGACGUCAUCAUUCAUCACUUCCCAAAACAACAGGAGUGAGAGAGAGAGAGAGAGACCGCUAUUCCCAUUUCCGUUAUCAGUUUCUCAUUCUCGAGACUGCAAUCCACGGAGAGAGAGAGAGAGAGAGAAUGUUAUCAACAUUUGGAAUCGAAACAUGUUGUUCACUAGUCCCAGCAAAAACACCUCAAAUUGGAAUCUCCCCCAAACCCCAAAACCCCUCAAUUUGUUCAUACCCAAACAAGAAACCCUUAACCAUUCCAUCCUCUUCCUCCGCCGCAACGCAGGCAAUCGGAAAUGAGGAGAGGGAGAAGAUGAAGGUGGUGGUGAAGGCGAUGGAGCGGCCGCGGCUGCUGCUCAAGUUCAUCUGGAUGGAGAAGAACAUCGGAAUCGCCAUCGACCAGCUCAUUCCCGGCGGCCACGGCACCAUUCCGGUGAGCCCCUACUAUUUCUGGCCGCGCAAGGAUGCGUGGGAGGAGCUCAAGCUCAUGAUCGAGACCAAGCCCUGGAUUUCCCAGAAGCAGAAGGUCAUUCUGCUCAAUCAAGCCACCGACAUCAUCAAUCUCUGGCAGCAGACCGGCCAUUCUUGAACUUGGUUCAUUUUUUUAUUCUCUUUUUCUUCAAUCGUGAUAAUGCCAACUUUUCCUUCUUUUUUUUCUGUUGUUUUAGUUCUUGAAAUAUGAUGCUUUCGAUUUUAGCUAA